CCUCUCCGAUCUCGAACGCGGAUAGACGCCGAGCCAAACUGCACCAAAAAUCCGCUGCUGCACUCCCUCCCCUCCCCCCGUCUCAUAAAUAAAUGCAUCGCGAUCCACGAGGGAGGCGAGGUGAGUGAGAGAGGACUGCACCCAACCCCCCCUGCCUCUCUUUGAUCUGCACCCUCCCCAAAUCUCCAUUGCCGUCGGUCUCUCCCCCCGUUUCCGUCCAUGAGGAUCCGGAGGCGGCCGCAGGCGCAGCAGCAGCAGGCACUGCCGCCCUACCCGCUGCCCUCAGAUCCGUUCACCGCGCCCCACCCACCGCCACCGCCACCGCCGAACGCGGAGGAGCGACACUGGCUGCCUCUCCCGGGGGACGAGGCCGAGCAGGGGAAGAAGAGGAGGAUCGAGUCGGAGGUGGAGUUACACCCGCUCCGCCCAGACGCGGAUCCCGGCCCGGCCGCAUUGCCGUCAGGGCCGCAGGUCGGCAACGUGGUGGUGGCGGGACGCAGCAGCAGCGACGACGACGACCCACCGGUUCACAACCACGGCGGCGGUGCGCAACGUCAGGGGGCAGCUGGCCGCACCCACGAGAGCCUAGAGAAUGGACACUGCAACGAGUCUGAGCGGCCGGUGAUCGGUUCCGGAGAACGUCUCGUCAUCCCGGCAAUGCCAGUGGUCCCCGUAAACGUGAAGGAAGGGAUCAAGAUCGGUGGCGGCGCCAAGAAGAGGCAGCGCGGCCCGCCGGUGCUGAUGGAAGGGUCGCGGUGCAGCCGCGUCAACGGGCGCGGGUGGCGCUGCAGCCAGCCCACGCUGGUCGGCUACUCCCUCUGCGAGCACCACCUCGGCAAGGGCCGCGGGCAGCGGAGCGCGAGCCGCACCGAGCCCGGCAGCUGGAAGAACGGCGCGGCCACGCUCGGCCGCACUGAGCCCAGCAUCAGGAAGAAGGCCGCGCAGCCGCCUGUUCCCAUGGUCACCGCGGCGCCCACCGCCAACGGCCGCGCCGGCGCGCCCAAGCUCGGCCGCACCGAUCCGGCCAGCAGCAGGAAGAACGUGGACGCGCUGGCUAUGGUCGCCGCCGCGGCGCGCGAAGGCAGCGACCUGCCGAGCCUGCGUGCAGCACCUCUAGCGGCGGAGGUCGAUUGAUCAUUCUGACCUGUCGAUCAUGGAACCGUACAAACUAGUAAAAUUCUUUCAUUUUCUAUUAGAAGGGUUGUGCAUAUCUUGCUGUUCAUGGUGAGUAGCUUCUCUAGCCGUCUGGAUUUCGCUUUGUUCUCUGUGAUCAUGCAGAUGUUUCAUCGUGUAAUUAAUAGGAUAAUUAGUGAUCACACAAUCCGUGGUAUAUUGAUCAGUGCAUCUCUGGUCGAGUGAAGUAAUUUCUUGUUCUUUGAUAGCAA